AUGUCAACAAUCUCAAGUAAAUGGCUUGUUCCGGACAAAUUACCAAACGGACUGAAGUUUCAAUGCUCUACAAGUCUUGCUAAUCUUGUCUCAACAAAUUCUGCUGCUCUGUUCUUUCGUCAACUUGUGNCACACACAUUCUACCGUCGAAGAAUGGAUAUCGAAAAAGAGUGCGUCUCGAUAGCUCAGUGGUCUGAGUGCUGGCCCGGAAAAACGAGAAAGAAGAAGUACACUUAUUCAUGGCUGGAUUCUCGUAAUCGACCGAAACUUAUCUUAACUCCAAAACGACAUAUCGAACGGUUAUGUGAACUGAAUGACGAAAAUGGUGAAAUAGAAGCAUUUUGGCGAGAUGCAGUUGAAGUCAUUAAUCGAGAAUGUGGUAAUGUUAAUGAACUCAAUUAUCCAGUAUUGGCCAUCAAUCAUGGAACAUUUCGAAAACAUGCACAUUUACAUUUGAAAAUCGAUGUGACGAAAGAUAUUUGGGAAAAUGUGAUUAUACCUCGACAUCAAGAUAAAAUUAAUCGUUUGAAACAAUUAUUAAAACAAGUCGAGUUGGUGAAAGAUUGUUUUACUAAGGAACAUUUGGAAAAAGAAAUACAAAAAGGUGUUAUUGGAAAUUAG